AUGAUCGUGUCACUCGACGGUCAGCGGCGCAAACGAACCAAUAUGAAUCUUCAUCGUCGGCGCAGUGCAACCGCUUGCGGGUGGACGGCGCUUGUGGCGUUGCACUGGGCCAUCUCUUCGUUCGCCGAGGCAUCGACGAUCCGCGUGCUAGCGUUCCCCAAACCGCCGGCGGACAGCAUCGCGCCGGGCCCGGAGCCGGCCGGACCGGAAGCGCCGGACAUGAUGGCGUGCCUGAGGGCCAUGAGCUACACGUGCGUGCAGCGCAAGACGGCCGUGUACCUGGACGCCCUGAACCGCUUGGACCGGAUACGGCUACUCGGCGACUUCGUGACCGCGGUCCGGACCCGGCCGGUCAGAUCCCGGUCGCCGGCCAUCAGCGAACGGCUGUUGGACGCCCGCGGCCUCAACAACGUCGUGUCGCUGUCUGUGCUCGUCAACGCCGUGGUCGGCGACAUAGUCCAAGACCACGUGCUCAAGAUCAGCUUCCCCCGGAUCGUCGACCUAGGAUUGCCUUACGGUCUCUCCGCCGCCACCGCCGCCGAAGACGACUACGGAACCGAAGCUCCGGCCGACCCCGAUGCCGACGAGUGA